AUAAUAAUAAUAAUAAUAAUAAUAAUAAUAAUAAUAAUAAAAACUUUAUUUAUACCCCGCCACCAUCUCCCCAACGGGGACUCGGGGCGGCUUACAUGGGGCCAUGCCCAAAACAAUACAAAAUAAACAGCAUAUAAAAAACAACAUUUCAGAACACAAUGAACAGUACAAUAAAUAAAAUAUCCAUUACAAUACAAAUCAAGAGAACAAUAAAAACAAGGGCGGCUCAAUAGGAUCUGCACAUAAGUGACUACUGAAAAUUAUGCUAGUUCAAUUUUUGUGCUAACACAGUUCCCCCAAUAGGUUCAGGGACAAGGUCUCUCUUUCUACCUGAAUUUGCCAAGUAAAUAUUUGAGUAUCAAAUAUUAUGGCCCACAACAACUUGGUGCUUCUCUGUCAUAUACAGAGUGGAUAUUUACAUUCUGAUGGUGAGUGUGACUGGAUGUGGCACAAUACUUUAUUUAGUACAAACUUCACUAAUAUUGCUGAAUGUGUCACUGGGCUUUUUUAAAGAGGAGUUUUAGAUUAGAAACAGCAGGGAUGAAGAGUACAACAAAAACUUCACAUCUAAGGGUACACUCUUAUCCUCAAGUGAUACCAUGUUUACAAGUGGAAUCCUGUACAUCUGUCUAAUUUUGGAUUAAGCCCAUGAACGUUCUUUCCCCCAAGUGCAGAAUAUUUGGAUCAGACUAGUAAAGAUGUUUUAUUGUGAGAAGUAUUGCAUUGCAAAUCUACUGGCAAAGCCUUUGUUUCACUGAAAUUCUUCCACAGCACUAGGAAUGAUGGCAUGUAGGGUAGCUGUAACAAAUAUGCUGUAUUCUCUACUGAGGGUAGAAUUAAAUGCACAAGAGGGAUAUAUCAAUAGCCCCUUGUUCUGAGUUAGCAGUGUGGAGGCUGUGGUCUGAAUUUCUUCGCUCUAUGGAGUAUGGCUCCAACCUAUGUUGGAAAGUAAGUUGAAAGGUUUUUUUUUUUUCUUUGAUGAAUAAUUGCAGUGAUUAGUCUGGAUAUUAUUGUUAGUUUCAACUUGGAUAGUCUUAGGAAUCUUUGCAUUCCUUACCUAUACUAGGUAAUUGAGAGCUUGCUUGUCUGCAGGCACACCCACUCUCUUCCUGUAUCAUGCUAACAAUACCAUUUGCUCUUCCUUCUUCUGUCUUUCUCCUCCAUUAGAUCACUUAUUUGACUGUGCUCAAGUAUUACACACAUUUUCCCUUUCUUGGGUUCCAUCAAUGUUUAAUGUCAAGGUGUCCCUUUAUACUGUAAUGCGAGAGGAGUGAACAAAACCUUUGAAUUAUACAUUGCCUACCUGACUGUUGUCUAAGGCCAACACUGUCCUUGCUGAACUAAUUUCUGGGAAGCAGCAUCAAAAACUUGGAUCUAUGGAUGAGUUUCAGAAAAAACUGAGUCAGAGGCAUGAUGCAAGAUCUCGAAAAGUAAGAUUCAAAAUAUCCUCGGCAUACAGCGGUCGCGUCUUAAAGCAGGUCUAUGAAGAUGGUCAGGAACUUGAAAUCCCACAGGUGGAAUAUCCUCAUAGUUUCCGGCACUGGAACUUUGAACCUAGAAGCCAUUUAUUUGGGAUUGGAGAAGCCCCAGAAUCCAGUUUUUAUCCAUCAGCUAAACUGAAUGCACAGAGAAUAAGUGUAUUCAGAGAGGGGAACAAAUACACCCUCACAAGUAGCCCUUCACUCCUGAAUGACGACCAGCCAGAUGACAGCCACAUGCCUCCCCCCAUUUUAGAUUUUGGAAAAAUCAUCAUCUACACUAGUAAUCUGAAAAUCAUCCGAACACCAAUGACUAAGAAAGAGUUGGUGAGAAAAAUCAUGCACGAUGAAGGUAUUGAUGACUACUCUUUUAUGUAUCGUGAAGAAGGAAGAGGAAAUAGUACCAUCCAAACUGAAAGGAAUGUGAAAGAUGCUGAAAAUGAUCUUGACCACAAUCAACAUGAGCAGGUUUGUACCAUCAAAAUCGAAAAAGGCAUAGAUGACAGCUCAGAAUGCAUCAAUGAGGAAGCAGGUGAUGAGAACAGUUGCUCUCAGUGCAAAGGAUCGGGCUCUGCCCUCUGCUCUGUGUGCCACGGAAGCAAGUUUUCAAUGUUGGCUAACAGAUUUAAAGAGUCCUACAGAGCUCUGCGAUGUCCUGCUUGCAAUGAAAAUGGCCGGCAACCCUGCCAGACUUGUGCUCACUGACUCUACUUGCAGAUUUGACCGUUUUGGUUUUGUGCAGGAAAAGCAUUUCCAAGAUCUUUUACAUUUAAUAUGACACUGUAUAUUAAGACUACAUUUUAAGGGUUUAGAAAGGUUACAUUUUGGACUAUAGUGGCUGGAGACUAUAGGAGGUAUUGUCCAAAAAGUAACUCUUCUAAGCUCUGAUUCGUAUAUCAGGUGGAGGAUUUUAUUUAAAGUGGUAGCAAAUUUAAAAUUGCAUGAGUCUUUCUUUGCAUGAAUGGUGUAAUGAACAUUUUGACAAAUUGGGCCAUGACCCCAGUCUCACUGAUGGUAGUGGGUAUAAUGGCAUAUUUCUCCAGGAGACAUCAAUAAAAUUUUAAAAUUGUGGUUCA